UCUAGCUAGAGAACAUCGGGAGGCAUCCAUGGUUCUUUCUCAAGUGGAUUGUUUCUAAUUCUGGCACAAGACAACAAGCAAAGAACCAUAACAGCCAUCACCACCAAACAGACAACACAAUUACAACAACACUAAUACUAAUACUCCAAGUUGUGUCUAGCCAGCAGCUAGCUACUGUGUGGAUAGCUAGACUAGCUAUCAAUAGCACUCAAGUCAGUCCACCAUGGAUCCCAACAACAGCAGCAACACCAACACCACCAACAACGCAGCUUCUAGCAACGCUGCUUCUAGCGCUGUGGAUCUGAGCAGUUCAGGGUUCGCUCAAGCCUUUCUUCAAGCUCUCGGAAUCCAAAAUGCCGACAAUGGCGCUUCUUUGCUCGCGGCGGCCGCUGCUCCUAGCAACAACAACCACUUCAACAACAACCAAUACAACUCUCUCACGUUACAACCACAACAACCACAUCCACCUCAUCAGCAACAAGCUCCUGCGCCUCCACCACCACCAGCAGCUUCCUUGCCUUCGAAUAAUUCUUGGAACAACGCGCCGGUAUCGACGUCAUCCGGUACUCAGUCGGCCGUGCUUCCAGCCGCGCUCCCAGGAAUGCCGUCUACUGCGGGACUCAAAACCACGGGAUUGCCUCCUGCUUCGUUGGGCAUGCCACCCAACACAAACACAAACAGCACCUCCAAUGCCAACGGAGUACCAGUACAAGGCAACCACAACCACAACGACACUACUCUCGCCACUCUUUUGGAGCUACAGAAAACCUUUAUUCCACAAGAACUACAGACACUCCUGGACGCAAGACAGCGAGGAAAUCUUAACAAUGUCACUGUACCAGUAGCUGCAACUGCAACCAAUCCCGCUCCCCCCAAUGCAGCAUCCCUCCCGCCACCUGCUGCUUCGAUGACGACCGAAAACACCAGCUUUUUCACCACGGAAAGCCUCAUCGCGGCAAGCUUUGAUGCACAAACCCUCGAUGAUCAGGUCGCCGUCUCUAUGCUUCUCAAGGAAAUCAAACAAGCCUUGAAAGUCUGCCUGCAGAGGAUUGCCACAGUGGUCAACAACAAUGACGAGAGAGUCCAAGUCAUUGACGAACUACAAAGGCUUUCCGAUAGAGAAAAACAUCUAGAACAAGUUCUCGCACUCAAGACACAGCCGCAGAACUUGACGCUACAGCAGUUACUUGGACAAAAAAUGCCUUCCACAAACACUGCCACCGAUGCAGACAGAAACGCUGCAGCGGCAAGGCUCGAACGCAUCUUGAAGGUAAACCCAGCUGCUUCGGCCGCCAUUAUGCAGCAGAUUGGUGGCACCAAUACUGUUGCAGCUGCUACCCCAAGCAUCAACCCGCCCACAGCCAAUGGAGCUCUAGCGGAGCUGCAGCGGCUCCUACAGCAGCAACCACAAACACAUAAUGCUGCUGCUGCUGCUGACAAUCUCAAGAGACCACCUCCUCCGGCCCCUGUUGCUGCGUUGCCCUCGGCAGCCGCAACCUCUGCAAGUGGCCUGCCAUCCACAUCCGCCACAUCACCACCGGUAGCCUCGCUCAAUCCGGCUCCUGCUCCUGCUCCUAGUAACAACCACGCUGGCAAUGCUGGUAGUGUCGCUGAUCCUAUCGCGCAAUUGCAGAUGCUCAUGCAACUGCAACUGCAGCAAGCAUCUCAAUCGCAGCAAACACCUGCCGGAAUCUUCGCAAACCAGCUGCAGCAGCAAAACGCUGUCGCUGCCCAACCACAGCUACAUCAACAGCAACAUCAACAGCAGCUUGCAAGCAUCCCCAACGGCAAUGCUCUCUCCAACUUCAACGUGGCUGCGUUGGCGGAGCUUUUGCAACGUCCACAGCAACAGAACCUUCCACAGCAACAGCAACAGCAACCGCAGCAGUUGAACCCCGUUCAAAACCACCAGCAGAAUAUCUCGCAAGAAACACUCAUGGCUCUGCUGGCAUUGCAGCAGCCUGCACCACAGCAGCAACCUGCACUCCCGCCACCAGCACCACCACAGCAGCCGCAACUACUGGGGCUAGCCGCUGCGGGCGCGGCAUCAGCACCAGCUGCAAAUGCUGUCGCCUCAAACCAAGAAGCAGUCCAGCUCCUGACAGGGUUGCAGCAGGCAACGUUGCAAGGUAACCCCCCUCCUGCCGUUGCUGGUGCUGCUCCAGCUGGAGCUGGAACAUCCAGUGUCGAGCAAGAGGCAUACUUGUUGACACGACUUCAGGCUCGUGCGCAGCCACAUGCACCGGCCCAACUGCACAAUGCACACCCUCAAGAAGCUGCAGUGGAAUACGAUGACGAUUACGACGAUGAUGAAGACGAAGAAGAUGAUGAAGAAGGAGCUUCGUCGGCACCAAAGAAGCGCAGGCGAGGUCGAACUGGUACUUUCCCACAGAAAAUGCACAACAUGUUGGAAGAUCUGGAAAAGAACGGGGAGUCCCAUAUCGCCUCCUUUCUCCCGCAUGGCAAGGCAUUCGCGAUUCAUCGAAACAAGGACUUUGUCAAGUUCGUCAUGCCCAAGUACUUCAAUAUGGGAUCGUUCGCAUCUUUUCAACGCCAGUUGAAUCUAUACAACUUUAAACGAAUCAACGAGGGGCCUGAUCGUGGAGCCUACCGCCACAGAGAGUUCAUUCGUGGCCAGCCUCUCCGGAGCACGAACAUGAGACGAACCAAGAUCAAGGGAGCGGCUGCCAGAAGGAGGGGCCGAAGGUCCAAUUGUUCUUAAGGACAGCCACCAUCAGUGAUUGGGUGGUUUCUCUUGUCGACUAGCGGUACUAGCAGCUAGCUAGUUAGCUGCUAGUAUUAGUAGGUUUCAAGGCUCAUAGGAGCACAUUGGAUCAUCAUUGCAAAGAUUGAAAUUGGAGAGACCGGCCAAUACAAGAACUAGAAAACAACUUCUUUUUUCGACCAGAAUGGCGACGGAAGAGCUGCACACAUCCAUGAGAAUAAUCAAAGCUGUUGAUAUUUACAUGUACGAACGAACCGGCAGGUUUUGUAUGUGGGAAGUGGUACAGUAGUAGGUUUGUACAGAGUUCUACACAGACCGACCGUUAAAUACAAAACCAGCCGUUAAUCGUUCCCUUAAAAACUGACCUGCUACUUAGGGCCGGCUGUGCCCCAUCGGUCUCCGGCCUGACUAAGUAACUGACCAUCGGGCUGUCGGGCUUGCGCCCUCUCUUAAGCCCUCGGUCAGUUACUUAGGCAGACCUCCGACCUUGGGUCCCUGCCUCAAUCCCUAAGUAAGCCGGUCUGUUUUUAAUAAGACUGUAUUCUCGCAAGUCUUUUGCGUUUGCGCUAGAACUAGAAAACAACUUCUUUU